AUGUGCGAUUUAGUGCAUAAUGUUGAAUUAAAAAAUGUACAACCCGGUGAAGUGUUUCAUUAUUCCCUUAUCCUGCUUAAGGUAGAACUUGUUAACCCAUGCGGGAACGGAGAGCUUCGAAUUGUUAGCAAGAAUAAUCAAACAGUUUCAUUCUCGUUCGCCGUAGAGCAAGACACAGGUAACGUUGAGGGAAAACAAGCAGUCUAUCGCAAGUUACGCAUUCUAUUGAGACUGUCUAGUGGUGAAAACGUGUACGAGGUACAGUAUUGCAAUGUGAGAUCAUCUAUUAGCUUAGUUUACCGUGUUCCACAUACUCGCUUUACGGUGGUACCGCUAUACAUCAUCUGCAAAGGGCACAGCGGUCGAUAUCAGUCGCAUGAGUACGAUUCCCGCAACGAUAGUGACGAGGCGUGUCGAAAAAUAACACUCGCCAUCGAACUGUUGCAGUGUUUGUACGCGGAAAAGUUACACGAACAUGGCUUUGGCCGAAAAACGUUUACGCUCGAAUCUUCGUGCCAACCGUUCCACUCGCAGCUGGAUUGGGAACAAUCGACCACCAUGACGGAGGGCGAUCUUUGGCAUCAGUUCGCUACGGAGCUGGUCCAAUCGAACCGGUACGAUAUGGAUCGGGUUAAGGUUGUCGGAUUCCUAAGCAGCACACAUUUCGAUGGGAUAUCUGAUGGUGACUAUUCGUACGAAAACAUCCGGAAGAAAACCACCGGACAUGCUGCUCUCGGUGGUGGGGGUUUAGCGCUCUUUGGGUCUGGAUGUCUCUACACCUGGCCCUCGGUGCUGCAGACAGUGUGCAGUGCAUUCACCAGUCAGCAACCCGUUGACUGUGGCAAGCUGCUGGAUGACAGUAACUACAGGCGCACAUACGGCGGCUGUUUUGCCACAACCCUAGGUUCAGUUUGUCACGAAAUGGGCCAUACAUUUGAUCUCGGUCACACACCGGACGGUUCCAUCAUGGGGGAUGGAUUCGAUGCAAUUGACAAUGUGUUUGUCGGGCGUCCACCACGUGUCGGUUGCCAUGGUGGCAACCUACCGAAACGUAUUAUCGAUACCAAACCAGGCGGUCUGGCGGGCCGACUUACACAGCUCAAACGUCCGGGUGAGGUGUUGCGACAGCGAUUAGAAGCUAAGCACAAUGAUGGAGUUUUUUUUGCGGCCACAAGUGCACGGACAUUGAGCUACCAUCGAUGGUUCAAUCAGCACGAGUCAAAGCGUGGGUCAAUACAGUUUGACCACUGUACGAAAACAGUCACAUGCAGCAACGAUUCGACGAUCGUUCUGGCAGAAUUACGCACAACCGCGAACGGCAUGAUGCAAAAAUGUUGGACCUUUCAGAAGGGGGAACAGUCGCAAUUUACGCUUCCAAAGCUACCAAAUCUAAAGGACCUUACGCUGUUUGUAAUGGAUGCCGAUGGAAAUAUUCUAAAAGUGGACCUUAGCAGUAUUAGCGCAGCACAAAUGUAGUUUGAUUAA